CACAUAUCUACAAUUUGUGUAUAUAAAGAAACGCCCCCUACGUAUUAUUGGCCCUUCGCAUAAACCAAGAGCCAACGAAGCAAGCAUCUUCCAAAGAAAAAACGUUGCCAAUAAUUGCUUCCAAGUUUCAAGCCACGUAGUAUUUUGAUCGGUCCACUCAAAUAAAAUAAUAAUAUGGAUAUUUGCAUAUAUAUAAGUCUAGGUAUUGCAUGUAAGACUUCACAACGUAGAGCAAGAUAUCUGGAUACGCGGAAAAUAGAGAGAAGAAAUCAAAAAGCAUAUUUUUAUUUUAUCUUUGAAAAGAAGAUUAUUGUUUUUAGUCUACAAUGGUGACUCUAAAAAUGGAGAUUUGCAUCGAGUUGUUGAAAUUGACCGUAGAUUUCGUCGCCGCCGUUGCAGAAUCAAUCGAAGUAGCUUUCCGCCAUCGUCCUCCACCGGUGAUUCAAUAUUCUUCAGUGAUGUAUGGUCGCCGGAGUAAUUACACCGCCGUUCCCAUUCCUCUCGUGGGGUUUCUGUAGUUAAUAUAUUCUUCUUUUGUGGUUCUUUUGUUUUUUGUUCAUUCUUGUUCUAUUAUAAUUACCUUCUUGCCUCGGACAAAAAGGUAUAUUUCUUAUGAAAGAACAAGAUGUGUUUUGUGUAUAAACCAAAAAAAUCACGAAAAGUUUACGUAACCCGUGAAUAUAUAAAAGUUUAGACGUUCCCGAUUGUAUAUAUUUUUUUCGAUAUAUAUAUUUUGUUUAUUCAUAAGACCCUUAAAUUAUAUGUUUCUAUUAUAUCAAUGUGUUCACACUUUCAUGGUAGAUCUGAUCUUGAAGAGGGCAGAGGUUGAUAUAUUUGGGUCAUAGUCGAAUAAUGAUCGUGGCGAUAUUUUUUUAAUUCCACUAGACAAAUACAAAACCUAUUAUCUUAUCCAUGUUUGAGAUUUAAGAUUAGAAUUGUUUUUUGGGUGGUGUCCACACCAAGUAACGUGUCGGAUACUAUUUUUGGAAAAUUUGUUUUGUUCUUGACGAAUCGUGGCCCAUCUUUGAUCCAUCUUCGAUGCAACACCGAAACAGCAACUGAUAUGUAGCUAUGAGGAACACAGAUUUGUGGUACUUUUGUAUAUACUAGAUGAGUACUCGCACUACGUGCGGGUUUACAUAUUACUAUUUACAAAUUAUUUUAUAUAAUAUUUGUUCAUAUAAAAUAAAGUUGAAUGCAUCGGUAUUGAAACAUAAAUAUGAUUUAGAAUUGUUUUUGAA